CGCGUCCCGACUCCUGGGCCGGGUCAGCGUGAGACCCCGCCUCGCCCAGGACUGGGCCCUACGGUGUCCUUCCUCAAAGCGCCCGCGGUGCUGGGCAUUGUUCAGGUCCCGGGCCCUGUGUACCUCGGCUUGGUUGGGUUGCCCAGGUCUCAGGAUCUGUGCUUCCUAAUCGCCCUGCCCCGGAGCCGCGAGGACCAGGGCGGGGAGCAGGGCCCCUGCUACCUCUCUGGCGUCCUGGGCGCUGGUGGUGGAAGUGCUUAUUUGCAGUACUGACGAUAGAAGCCAGCCCUUCGCACAGGUUUCUUUGCAAGUGAAUGAAGAGAAAACCCAAGAUGCCCGAAAACCCGGCCACAGACAAGCUGCAGGUGCUGCAGGUGCUCGAGCGGCUGCGGGCCAAGCUGCAGGACAAAGGCGACACGUCGCAGCACGACACGCUGUCUGCCUUCUGCGACACGCUGCAGAGCCCACUCUUCACCCAGAUCCUCACACUGCAGAAGUCCCUGCGGCAGCUGAAGGGCCAGCUCAGCCACAGCCCCUCGGCGACUCUUGCCAACUUCGACUUCUCCCGGAAGGGCCUGCUAGUGUUCACCGACCCCGGUGCCAAUGGGCACGCACCCCGGCCUGCUGAUGCCUGUGCAGCUGCCCCGGGACCUGGCCCUUGGGCCCCACAGCUGGGCGGCGACAGCUUCAGUGCCACGGUGGAGCGGCUGGCUCAGGGACGGCAGGUGGAGUGCAUCGACAUCGAGCGGCCGCCUGCCGGGGGCCUCGGCUUCAGCGUGGUGGCCCUGCGGAGCCAGCGCCCGGGGGAGGUGGGCAUCUUCGUGAAGGAGGUGCAUCCGGGCAGCGUGGCCGACAGGGAUCAGCGGCUGAAGGAAAAUGACCAGAUCCUGGCCAUCAACCAGACGGCCCUGGACCGGACGGUCUCCCACCAGCAGGCCGUCGCUCUGCUCCAGCACAGCUCGGGGCCCCUGCGCCUCGUGGUGGCCCGCGAGCCGGGGUGCACGAGCAGCGGGACGCCCGCCAGCCCGGUGCCCGCUGCUGCGCCCGACACGGUGUGCUGGGGCCAUGUGGAGGAAGUGGAGCUCAUCAACGAUGGCUCGGGGCUGGGUUUUGGGAUCGUCGGGGGCAAGUCGAGUGGUGUGGUGGUGAGGACGAUCGUGCCCGGAGGACUGGCAGAUCGGGAUGGGAGGCUCCAGACCGGGGACCACAUCUUGAAGAUCGGUGGCACCGACGUGCAGGGCAUGAGCAGCGAGCAGGUCGCCCAGGUGCUGAGGACCUGCGGGAGUGCGGUCAGGAUGCUGGUGGCCCGAGACCCGGUGGGCGGGAUCACAGUGACACCCCCCACGCCCACCGCCUCACCAGUCGCCCUGCCUGUGGCCCCACCUGCCCUGGCCAGUCGGAGCCCCGCGAUGGACAGUUCUUCGCUGUUUGAAACUUACAAUGUUGAACUAGUUAAAAAAGAUGGACAGAGCCUUGGAAUUAGAAUUGUUGGCUAUGUUGGAACAUCUCACGCAGGGGAGCCUGCGGGCAUCUAUGUGAAGAGCAUUGUGCCUGGCAGCGCCGCGCAGCACAGCGGCCAGAUCCGUGUGGACGACCAGAUUGUGGCCGUCGACGGAGUGGACAUCCAGGGCCUGGCCAGCCAGGACGUCGUGCAGGUACUGCGGGCCGCGGGCCGUGUGGUGCACCUCACGCUGCUGCGCAGGAGGACACCGGCACCAGGGCCCUCGCCCGAGCAGCCUGGGGAGAGAGGGUCUGAUCUGGGACCACCCAAAACACCAGCUCUCUUCCUGGCCGGAGCAGUGGACACAGAAACGAGCUUGGACGGCGAAGAAGAGGAAAUCAGGCAGGCGAUGGACAAUUGUGAACAGGAUGGCGUCUGUGCCCCGGGGAGACUGGAACGCACCUCAGACUCUCCAGAAAAUGAGCUGAAGUCCAGGUGGGAGAACCUGCUGGGCCCCGACUACGAGGUCAUGGUCGCCACCCUGGACCCCCAGAUUGCAGAUGAUGCUGAGCUGCAGAAGUACUCAAAGCUGCUGCCGAUCCACACACUGAGGCUGGGCAUGGAAGUGGACUCCUUUGAUGGGCACCACUACAUCUCUUCAAUUGCUCCUGGGGGGCCUGUGGACACCCUAAACCUCCUGCAACCAGAAGAUGAGCUUCUCGAGGUGAAUGGAGUACAGCUGUAUGGAAAGUCUCGGCGGGAAGCGGUCUCCUUCCUAAAAGAAGCGCCACCCCCUUUCACCCUGGUGUGCUGUCGGCGGCUGUUUGAUGAUGAGGCCUCUGUCGAUGAGCCCAGGACUGCUGACACCUCCACUCCCGAGCUGCAGGGUGAGCAGAGCGUCGAUGCCAACACUGAAGAGGACGAUGAUGGAGAACUAGCCCUGUGGUCUCCAGAAGUCAAGGUUGUUGAGCUGGUGAAAGAUCAUAAAGGCUUAGGAUUCAGCAUUCUGGAUUACCAGGACCCCUUGGACCCCACAAGGUCAGUGAUUGUGAUCCGCUCCCUGGUGGCAGACGGUGUCGCAGAGAGGAGCGGGGUGCUCUUACCCGGGGACCGCCUGGUGUCCGUCAAUGAGUAUAGCCUGGAGGACGCCAGCCUCGUGGAUGCCGUGGAGGUGCUGAAGGCCGUGCCCCCGGGCACCGUGCAGCUGGGCAUCUGUAAGCCACUGGUGGAAGAUGAGAAAGAAGAAAGUCAUUAUGUUUUUCAGUGGAGCAGCAAUGAAGACAAGGCUGAACUUCCAGGAGCGAUUCGAGAGACAGAGCCGCCUCUCCUACUGGAGGCCCCCCAGGGAUUUCGAGACGAACCAUACUUCAAAGAAGAGCUUGUGGACGAACCAUUUCUAGAUUUGGGGAAGACUUUCCGGUCCCAGCUAAACGAGAUCGACAAUAGCCCGGAGGCCUGGGAGAUGCAGGAGUUUCUGAGCCCGGUGCCACAGGACAUGGGCGAGGAGAGGGAGCUGCUGGUGGAUGAGGAGUAUGCACUGUACCAGCACCACCUUCAGGCCUUGGAGCUGCACCCCACCUCACCCGUCCAGGAGGCCGUGCCUGUGCCCACCUACCAGGAGCUGCACUUGGGCACACAGUGGUUGCCUGACGACUGCUCCCAUAGCACUGAGUUCCCAGAUGCCAGGUCCUUGCGGAGCGUAUACUCCCCCGACAUGCCGCAGUACAUGAUGGAAGAGCGGUUUGGCAUCGACCCUUUCCCGCCCGAGCCCUCCAUCAGGCCAGGCAGCCCGCAUGGCAGAUCCGAUGGCCCCGAGCAUCUCGGUUCAUUAACAGAAAGCAGUCUGGACUUGGGCAUGACCAUUCCAGAGGAUGACCCAGGCCUGAGUGUGCCACUGGACCUUCCCACCGGGGCUCAGCAGAGGGCCCCAGAUCUGCCUCCAUACCAGCUCCCCAGGUCUCGAGGGGCCACGAAGCACCCUGGAGUGUGGUCCUCUAGACACCCCACCCAUGCCCGAGAGUUGCCUGAGAGAGAAGAAGGUGAAGGAGAAGAGACGCCAAGCUUCAGCCACUGGGGUCCCCCGAGAAUCGUGGAGAUUUUCAGAGAACCCAGCGUGUCUCUGGGCAUCAGCAUCGUUGGUGGACAGACGGUCAUCAAGCGCUUGAAGAAUGGUGAGGAGCUGAGGGGCAUAUUCAUCAAGCAGGUCCUGGAGGACAGCCCAGCGGGGAGGACCAGUGCACUAAAAACCGGAGACAAAAUCCUCGAGGUGUCCGGCGUGGAUCUGCAGAAUGCCACCCACCAAGAGGCCGUCGAGGCCAUCAAGAAUGCGGGGAACCCUGUGGUGUUCGUUGUUCAGAGCCUCUCGUCCACACCAAGAGUCAUUCCUAGUCCUCAUAACAAGGGCAGCAAAGUGGCCAACACCCCGGACCAAGACACCAAAGAAAAGAAGGAAAAGAGGCAAGGAGCAGCCCCGCCGCCGAUGAAGCUGCCUCCCCCGUACCCAGCCCCAGCUGAAGCUGAGGAAGAGGAAGUGGAGCCCACGUGGCCCGACAAAAAAGUCAGGCAGAGGUAUGCAGACCUGCCCGGCGAGCUGCACAUCAUUGAGCUGGAGAAGGACAGGCAGGGGCUGGGCCUCAGCCUGGCAGGCAACAAGGACCGGUCCCUCAUGAGCAUCUUUGUGGUGGGGAUCCACCCGGGGAGCCCUGCGGCUGCUGACGGGAGGAUGCGUGUGGGAGACGAGCUCCUGGAGAUAAACAAUCAGGUCCUGUAUGGAAGAAGCCAUCAAAACGCGUCUGCCAUCAUCAAGAUGGCCCCAUCCAGAGUGAAGCUGGUUUUCAUCAGAAAUGAAGACGCCGUCCACCAGAUGGCUGUGCCCCCGCUGCCGUUCAGCUCCCCGUCUUCCGCCGAGGAUGCGAGUGGCCCCGAGCCCGUCAGCAGUGAGGAUGACAACGGUCUGGAAGCCCACGCUGAACCACUACCGGAGAGCCAGCGCUCCAAACCGGACGCCAGUGAAAGGGAUGAGCAGCACCACACCCUCAAAGCCUCCCUCGAUUCACAGGAGGUGCCAUCCGUGCCAGCUCUGUUGUGCCCAUCGGCAGAGGCUGACAUCACCAUCUACGGUGGCCCCCAGGCUCCUCUGUCCGUGGACCCGGCCACGUGCCCCAUCAUCCCCGGCCAGGAAAUGAUCAUAGAAAUCGCCAAGGGCCGCUCCGGGCUGGGGCUAAGCAUCGUGGGAGGCAGAGACACGCCGCUGGACGCUGUGGUCAUCCAUGAGGUCUAUGAAGAAGGCGCAGCAGCCAGAGAUGGGAGACUUUGGGCCGGGGACCAGAUUCUGGAGGUGAACGGCGCGGACCUUCGGAGCUGCAGCCAUGAGGAGGCCAUCGCAGCGCUGCGGCAGACCCCGCCGAGGGUGCGGCUGGUGGUGUUCCGGGACGAGGCCCGCUGCAGGGACGAGGACAGCCUGGAGGUCUUCCCGGUGGACCUGCACAAGAAGGCCGGCCGCGGGCUGGGCCUGAGCAUUGUGGGGAAACGGAGCGGCAGCGGGGUGUUCAUCUCCGACGUCGUGAAGGGCGGCGCCGCAGAGCUGGACGGGAGGCUGACCCAGGGCGACCAGAUCCUGGCCGUGAACGGGGAGGACGUGCAUGACGCCUCCCAGGAGACGGUGGCGGCCAUGCUCAAGUGCGCGCAGGGCCUUGUGCAGCUGAAGAUCGGCAGGCUCCGUGCUGGCACCUGGACCUCCGCGAGGAAGACGUCGAGGCACAGCCAGGGGGACCUGCGUGGCGCACACAGCAGCUGCCCACCUGCCUUGGCCCCAGUCCUUGCUGGCCUGCAGAGCCUGGUCGGAGCCCGAAGAGCUGUGGGUCCUACGCAGAGGAGCGCAGGCGCGGACAUGGAGCCCCGGACAGUGGAGAUCGUCAGGGAGCUCAGCGAUGCACUUGGGAUCAGCAUCGCGGGCGGCAAGGGCAGCCCGCUCGGGGACGUCCCUGUCUUCAUCGCCAUGAUCCAGGCCAGCGGGGUGGCAGCGCGGACGCAGAGGCUCAAAGUCGGAGACCGCAUCGUCAGCAUCAAUGGGCAGCCUCUGGAGGGGCGGUCGCACGCCGACGCGGUGGCGAUGCUGAAGAACGCCUUCGGUCGCAUCGUCCUGCAGGUUGUGGCUGACACCAACAUCGGCGCCAUCGCCACCCAGCUGGAGAGCAUGUCUGCAGGCCAGCACCCCAGCUCGCCUGGCACCGACCACCCCUCAGAGGACGCAGAGACACCCUCAGCUAAGAUGAUUACUUUGGAGAGAGGCUCGGAAGGCUUGGGGUUCAGUAUCGUGGGGGGCUAUGGAAGUCCCCACGGAGACCUGCCGGUCUACGUCAAGACUGUGUCUACAAAGGGAGCCGCCGCGGACGACGGCCGCCUGAAGCGCGGCGAUCAGAUUCUGGCUGUGAAUGGCGAGAGCCUGGAAGGCGUCACCCACGAGCAAGCCGUGGCCAUCCUUCAGCACCAGCGGGGCACCGUCACCUUGGCCGUGCUGUCGCGGGACUCCGGCUGCUGUUAGGGCCCCACGGGAAGAGGGGCUUCAGGGGAGGUAACAGCCGCAUUGACCCCCACGCGGAGCCCAGGGCCUCGGCUGGAGGUGACCGGCCACCGUCCCUUCCUGUGGGGCUGCCUUCCCGCCCUGGGGUGAGCUUGUCUGCUUCGCAGUGGAUGUCGGCUCUGCCCGCUCGGUGCUCGUGGUCCUGAUGCCACGUGCUGAACCGGGGAGGGGCCUGCUCGUCCUUGGUCCUCUGUCUCCAUCCUGCACCACGGAGCCCAGCAGCAGCCUCCUGUCCCCGAGGAGCGGUGUCGUCCAUGAUCUACAAAGAAGGCUGGACACGCAGGCGCUCCCGUGGCCAGCCAGCCACGCGUCCUCUCUCCUGCAGGACUCGGGGCUCUGGAGGGCCAGGCCUGAGUCUCUGCACGGCCUUGCCGUGGUUAUCCUUGGUGAUCCUGAUGUCCUGCCAGCCCGGAAAGGCUUUCUGGUUGUUUUCUGAGCUCCAUAAAUGCACCCCAAGUGGACCCACCUGCUCCAGACAGGCGCCUAGCCGGCCUCAGCACUGCUGCCUCCAUCCAGGAGCUCUUCUGGGGUCCCGGGCCCCUGGAGGUCCAUCCGGCCCCCAAGAAGGGCAAGCCCCAAGUCACACUGGGCCCCCCAGCAGCAAGGACCUGGGGGACCUUUGCUUGGCCAUCAAGCUGUGCAUGCACUGGGCACCGGUGGUGAGCGCCCGGCUGCAUCUCCUGCCCUGGGAGCCACCCUUCCUUGAAAGUUACACACUAAGAGAGCAACUCGGGCAGAAACCCUGGGCCCCCAUGGGUGGUGCCGGGUACCGGCCGGGAGAGGUGCUCAGCAGCAGGGGCUCCGGCCUGCUGUUUAAGAAGCACCGAGAAGGCCGAGAGCCAGGUCCGGCCGGGGUGCGGCUGUUCACUGAGAGCCCACGUGCCCCGGGACGCCAGACCCGGGCGGCCCCGCCCAGUGUCAGCUGGGCAUCAGCUGGGCUCCUUCCAGCGCUGUCACACCGAGUGCUUUAGCUCUGCUGACACCCCGCUCCCAGGAACAGCCCCCGCAUACGCAGUGUGGCCCGCGCGUCUCACGGCCGCUGUGGGGUUCUGUGGGGCCACACGCAGGGCAGCGUCUGGUGUGCCCCACGUGGGCAGUGGGUGAGAGCCACGCUCUUCCCGCGCAGGGAGAUCUUGGGGUUUGCAGAGACAGCAGCCAGGGAGGCGAGGUGGGCGACGCCCCCAAAUGCACCUUACGUGUGUGUGAUGUGUGCACACAGGACGCUCUGAGACAUGGUUCUCAAUUUUGGUGGGCCUGCCAUUAAACACACUGCAAGAACA